AUGCAUCGGUCUUCUCGUACAGGUGACUUGAUUUUCGAUCCCGAGGUAGAGAAGACUGCGCGUAGGACAACAAAAGAGACCAGACAGCUCAGAGAGGAGCACUCUAGUGCUGCAUCUCAGAGACCUGAGUCAGAAGUUGAACCAACAGACUCGUUUGGUGACACUUCGAGUGACUCUGAUCAGGGGGAAGGCACCAUGGCUAAUGCACGAACAUUAAGGGAGUUGGCUGCUCCUAACUUAAAUCAGCAACAUUUGUGCAUUACUUUCCCGAAUUUAGAUAAUAGCACUCCAUUUGAAUUAAAAUCUGGUCUUAUUCAUCUUUUACCCUCUUUUCAUGGUUUACCAGGUGAAGAGCCGUAUAAGCAUCUGCAGGAGUUUGAUGUUGUGUGCAAUAGUAUGAAACCCCCGGGAAUCACAGAAGAGCAAAUAAAAAUGCGGGCAUUCCCUUUCUCAUUGAAAGACUCUACAAAGGACUGGCUGUACUACCUGCCGCCGGGCAGCAUUACCACGUGGGGCCAGUUGCAGAAAAAAUUUCUGGAAAAAUAUUUUCCUGCGUCCAGGGCUGCAAAUCUAAGGAAAGAAAUUUGCGAGAUCAAGCAGCACCCAGGGGAGUCACUCCAUGAGUACUGGGAGCGGUUCAAGAAGUUGUGCAGGAAGUGCCCCCAACACCAAAUAAGUGAGCAGUUGCUCAUACAGUAUUUUUAUGAGGGGCUUCUUUUCAGAGACAGGAGCAUAAUUGAUACUGCAAGUGGAGGGGCACUGGUGAACAAAACCCCUCGGGAAGCACGGGAGUUGAUAGAGGGGAUGGUAGAGAAUUCACAACAAUUCGGGAAUGCAUCUCAGGCCAGGGUGUGCGGGAUUUGCACUGGUAUGGGUCACUCUGCAGACAUGUGCCCAAUGAUUCAGGAAGAAACUGCAGAACAGGUGAACAUGGUUGGCCACGCGCCCGCGCCAAGAAAGCAGUACGACCCUUACUCAAGCACCUACAAUCCCGGGUGGAGAGAUCAUCCCAACCUCAGUUAUGGAGGAAAUAGGCAGCCCAACUUUGCACCGAACAUGCAGUCUAAUUUCGUGCCAAAUAAGCAACCAGGGUACCAGCAGCAAUACCAACCCCGACCACCUCCGCCCCCAAGCUCUGGUCCAUCUUUGGAGGAGAUGAUGAAACAAAUGAUGGCAACCAUUACGCAAAAUCAGCAAAGGACGGACUUCAAAAUGCAGGACAUAAGGAAUCAGAUAAGUCAAAUGGCCACAACAAUCAACCGCUUGGAUUCUCAGAACCAAGGUAAAUUGCCGUCUCAGCCUGAAUUAAAUCCGAAGAACGUGAGCGCAAUGACCCUAAGGAGCGGGAAGGAAAUUCAGGGGCCUGAACCUGUGAUCCCUAAGGACAAGGAUGAGAAAAAGAUCGAAAAUGAGCUUGAGAGGGAGGACAGCAAUGGUGCAGAUCCAAAGGUACUUCCAGACCCAAUAAUUACAGUUAAAACUAACCCACCUCCUUUUCCUAGCAGGUUGGAAAAAUCGAAAAAGCAGGAUAAGGAGAAGGAGAUCUUGGAGGUGUUUCGCAAGGUGGAGAUAAAUAUCCCCCUCUUAGACGCCAUCAAACAAGUACCAAAAUAUGCCAAGUUCUUAAGGGACUUGUGUGUCAAUCGAAGGCGAUUGAGGGGAGAUGAAAGGGUUAUUGUUGGGGAGAAUGUGUCAGCGGUCCUGCAGAGAAAGCUUCCACCGAAGUGCGGGGACCCAAGUAUGUUUACUAUCCCCUGUAGGAUAGGCAACACUGUGAUUAGAAGAACCAUGUUGGAUCUGGGAGCAUCAAUAAAUGUCAUGCCUAAAUCCAUCUAUGCUUCUCUAAAACUAGGCCCAAUAUUGACUCCAGUUCUCCAUGUUUGGCAAUAA